UUGGGAGACGUCGUCUGUCUGUUUACAUGUCCAGAUGAUCGAGCUGGGCAGCGGCGAGCCGAGCCCUGGCCGCGACACACCAGACCAGGUCCUCACUGCCUUCCCUCGUAUCUGUGGUCACAUAGCCUACGAGGAGUUCUUCAGGGAGUUCCUGGAGAAGAACAAGCCAUGUGUGUUCUCCAGCAGCUUCACCGAGGAGUGGCGGGCGAGGACGGACUGGGUCACACCGUCGGCCGGGGCUCACGUGCAGUACUUGCAAGAACAUUUUGGGGAGGCAGAAGUGCCCGUGGCAAACUGUGACCAAAAGCACUAUGACUCGCAGGAGAAGACUACAUACAAGUUGAAAGACUAUAUUGACUAUUGGAAAGGCCUCAGGAAAACAUCUUCAGGAACCAAACAGUGUCUUUACUUGAAGGACUGGCAUUUUGUGCGAGCAUAUCCUGAUUAUGGUGCUUACACAACCCUCCAGUACUUCGCCUCUGAUUGGCUCAAUGAAUUCUGGGAAGUCAGGGAAGAUAUCCAGGAUGAUUAUCGAUUUGUAUAUAUGGGACCAAAGGGUAGCUGGACUCCAUUUCAUGCAGAUGUGUUCUGGUCAUAUAGCUGGUCGGCAAAUAUUUGUGGACGUAAAAGAUGGGUGUUUUACCCACCGGGCGAGGACCAGUACUUGAGAGACCCAUUUGGUACACCCAUAUAUGAUGUAGACUCUGCAGAAUUGAGUGAUUCCUCCAAAUAUCCAAAAGCACCUUCUGCGAUAGGGCGCCUGGAGGUGAUCCAGGAACUCGGAGAAACUAUAUUUGUUCCUUCAGGAUGGCAUCAUCAAGUCUGGAACCUAGAGGACACAAUCUCUAUCAACCACAACUGGUUAAAUGGCACCAACAUCCACGUAGCUUGGGACUUUUUGGUCGAGUCCCUGAACCAGGUCGAGUAUGCUAUUCGGGACUGCACUGAAAUGGAUGACUGGGUCAGUCAGUGUCAGCUGUUGCUGCGUGCCACUCAUGGCAUGGACUAUAAAGAAUUCUACGCAUUUCUUCGCACUGUGGCACGACGAAGGAUCGACUACCUAACAGGAAAAGGUCCACUUCUCAGCUUUGGAUACUGGGAAAUUGGCAAAAAUCAUGUAAUAUAUGACUUAAAGAAAAUACAGUGGUGCUUGGAGAGACUGUUGGACGAUGAACGUUUCGAAACCAUCAAGAGCUUCGGCGAAAUGGAAGAUCACCCAUCUCGGCUCCUUGAAGAUGUUGCAUCCGCCUUGUCAUGAUCACUCAGAAUUGUAUGAUUUUUAAUUUGAUAAUAGUUAUAACCCUAAUUUUUAAAUACAGGAGUGGGUAUUUUAGUCAAAUACUGAACUGUAGUUGGAGAGCUGCGUUUCAAGUGAGGAAGCUUUCCCACGCACCAUAUAGGGACUGCAAGUAUUUGAAUAAACCCAUUCAUGGGGCUAGAUGAAUGAAGACUGAUUGAGACAGGAAUCAUCUUCUCAUCUUCAUUGUUCAUCACUCUGCAUAUCACAUAUUACGACUGGUAUGGAGUUCAACCCAGAUGAAUGUCUAGAAACCACCACCAGUACACCCUUCACCCAGUCUCAGAGCUCCAGGCAGGUGGCGACUGCAAGACCUGCUGGUUCCUUGCUAUGUAUAGGUAACCCACCAGUUACGCCACCGGCUCAUUGUUCCAUGUGACAAAGAAUGUGACAUCACCAUCAGGGGUAUAAAUACUCGUGACCUUGGUCACUUCAGCAGUCUAUCUCGGGGGAAUCAACAUUAUGGCCUCCAUGCGAUGCUGGCAUACAGCUGCUUCGUGUCUAGGUUGUAAUAAGAGUAAAUAAUUUCAGUGUCGCCCUUAUUUUUGUGUUAACGUAAGUUUGUAUAUGUAUUGACUAUGCGUGAUACAUCCUAUCAAACGAACUUGGUUUCAUUGAGCAUUGAAUUAAAGUAACUUCCAUCAUUUAUGUUGGAACAUGUAAUGCUUGCAGGGAUAUUGAUAAGCCACAAGCUUAUUGCAUUUUGUUGCUUAUUAUUGUCUAAAUUUUAUUUUUUCUAUAACGAUAAGAGAUAUUGGGGUAAAAAAGUUAUUUAUUAAAUAUUAAUCUUUGUUACAUGUAAUUUAUCUCAUGUUUAAUAUAGGACAUUGUAUGUGGAAUCUGCAAAACAUUUGUCUUCAAAGUUUGUAUUGCUGAAUGUUGUAUCUUGGCAGAAAUGUUCAAAAGUUUAAUACAAUUAUUUAUAUUUGUUGCUAUUAUGAAAUUUGGAAAGAUUUUGAAGACUUGCUUGUGUUUGUUUUCAUUGAUGUUGCUACAAUUUCAUAGAUUCAAGUCAUUUAAGGAUAUUUUUAUAUACUGUACUGUGUAUGAGGCAUUUUAUACAACUAAAUAUAAUGUGCUAUACAGUAAUGUAUAUAGUUUUCAUCUCGGACCUAAGCUUCUGAAAAGAUUAAACGGCUUUUGUUCCAUUAUUUAAUGUAGGAAAUGUACUUGAAACUAUUUUUUUCUGUGACUCACUCUCGGCAGUUAUCAAUAUUAAAAGUACUGGUAGAUAAUUAAAAAAUUGCAAGAGCAUCAAAACUUACAAAAAAAAUUUUUUAAAGUACAUAGUAAAACCAGGACUAAUGGUGCUAUUUCUGCCUUCUGUGUUUCAACUUUGACUUAUUGCUACUACUGUAUUAAUAAAUUAAAUGUAGAAAUUUAUAAAUUAAGUGUAGAAGCAUCACAAAUGCAUGUCAAGGAUAUAAUGUACGACGGAUGUGCAACUUGGCAUCUGCUGAAAUUUAUGUCAGAGAUGGGCCUUAGAACUUGUGAUCAGUGGCAAGUAAGUACUAGAUAUUGAUUAGUAUUCUUCUCAUAUUACAUAUGACAAAAGAUGUUUACAAAUAAAUAACCCAACCCACAUGUGAAACGAAAUGAAAGGAUGAUGUUUCGGUCCACCCCGGACUGUUAUCAAGUGACGACUCGAUAAGGGUCACAGUACAUACUGAAACUAAUUUACUUUCAUUCCAUGUGUGGGAUGGGUUAUUUGUUUUUGGCCAUGUUACAGUGACUUACUCUCUGCAAGAUUAUGAAUAUACAAGGUUGAGUGCGUGCAUGCCAGUAUUACAAUUUAGGUAGUGAUAAGGAGAUGAAGGUACACAUCUGUGACUUAAAUAUAAAACAUCUAGGAUGUGUAUUAUGAAAGUUUUCAUAUUAGCAUUUAAAUUUUAAGCUAUUCUAAUAGACUUAAUGGUUAGCUUUGUACAAAUGGUAGAUAAUUCAUUAUCACAAUGGUUAUUGGUUUUCUACAUCCAGCAAGUUCUUGGUCUACAACUAAUAAUAUACUAGAGUAUACUAAUAGUAUACUCUAGUUCAUCUUCUCAACCCAUCAUCAACAAAGGGUUUGGAUCUAUGCCAAUUAGUAGCUGUCCUAAUUUAUGAAUAAAAUAAAUGUUGCACAAUUUGCAACUGCUGCUCAUCAAGCUUCUCUCUGAUAGUUUUCACUCACUAAAUGCUCAAAGCACUUAAAGUGUAUGGAGGCAGCAUUUUGAGAAAACAAAUAGUUGUCGACAUAAUCAAAACCCCAAAUCUAGGUCCGUGUUGAAAGCCUGUGAUAAACACACACUUCUGUAAUAUUGUUGGUGACACAGUAUAUUGCAUUGUUCAAAAUAUUAACAUGUGCAUCUUUGAGCAUGGUCUGAGGAUGGGUUGUAUUUCUUAAACCACACAAUGCCUUCACCGUACUGUUAAGCAUUUUACCUUAUGCUGUGCACGAGGUCUUUCAUUGUACUGUAUUUUGGUCGCUUGUAAUUUAUCACUAAUAAAUACUGAAUGAACGAA